ACCAUAUCGUAAGGAGGUAGGGGUGGAUGGUGUCCUUUCCUUUGAUUGGACACUUUCUGUCUCUUUGACUAUCUGCCUGACAAUGGAGCCGAAGCCCGACAGCGGUCUGAACGGAGACUGAACGGUGUGGACCAAUCUUUCUUGGGUUUUUGGUGUUUGUUAGAGGGAAACAAGGCAAUAGGCUGCAAGCUAAGCGAGGCAGACAUCCAUUCUGUUUCAUCGCAGAGAGAAAAAGAAGUCUGCUGUGUUACACUGUUAACGGGGGGCAGGGAGAGACACCUGGAACCACUCUGUUUUCGUCUUUGUUGCUCCUUUUCUGUGAAGAUGUCCGCUUUGACUGGCUUGUUAAUGCUGCUAGUUACGUCUCUCAUCAUCACAUCUAAUGGCGCAUGGUCAGCAUCCCGGAAGUGUGAUGACAGCUUGGUAGCACCCCUUCCCAUCAAAUCCUUCAACAGCUCAUCAGAAUAUGGCAGAGGAUAUGCAGCCGCUUUUGCUAAACUCAACAGAAUACAAGGCGCCGGAGGCUGGUCACCUUUGGAUACAAAUCGUUACCAGUGGCUGCAGGUAGACCUGGGCUCUAGGAAGCAAGUAGUUUCCAUAGCAACUCAGGGACGCUACAGAAGCUCCGACUGGACAAGUCAGUACCAGCUGCUUUAUAGUGACGCAGCCAACAACUGGAGACCAUAUUUAAAGGAUGGAAACAUUUGGACAUUUAAGGGGAAUAAUAACAGUGAAGAUGUUGUACGUGAAGAAUUACAACAUGCCAUAGUGGCCCGCUACAUCCGCCUCAUCCCACUGCACUGGAGCCAAAAGGGGCGGAUCGGAGUCCGCUUGGAACUCUAUGGCUGUUCAUAUUGGGCUGAUGUUAUCAGUUUUGAUGGCCAUAGCAUAAUCUCUUAUCGCUUCAGGAGUAAAAAGAUGAAAACUGUGAAAGAUGUUAUUUCUCUAAAAUUUAAAACCACUGCCAGAGAUGGUGUGCUGCUUUAUGGGGAGGGACAGCAAGGAGACUACAUCUUGCUGCAGCUUCAUAGGGCAACAAUGGAGCUGAGCAUCAACUUAGGUAGCAGUCAGUACAAUCUGAUUAAAGGUCACACCUCUGUAACCAGUGGAAGCUUAUUAGAUGAUGGUCACUGGCACUCUGUUGCCAUUGAGCGUUACCGUAGAAAUAUAAAUUUUACAUUGGACCACCAAACUCAACAGUUCAGGACUAAUGGAGAGUUUGAGCACCUGGACCUCGACUAUGAGGUAAACUGUCCAUGAGUCAUGCUGUCAAG